AUGAUGAAUGGCCUUCAAACGUUGACAUACUGGCAGGAGUAUUUCAAGCACCCUGUCGGCGGUACCCUUGGCAUACUGAACGCCAUCCAAUCCGUCGGUGGCAUUGUUUGUUUGCCCUACGCACCCUACUUGAGCGAUUGGAUUGGCCGCAAGAAGACUAUCUUCGUGGGAUGCUGUUACAUUGCUCUGGGGGCUGCACUCCAAGGCGGUUCUCAGAACAUUGGCAUGUUCAUCGCUGGCAGAUUCUUUAUUGGGCAUGGAUCCUGCAUCAGCGCUAUCGCUACCCCCAUGCUUAUUACCGAGCUUUGCCAUCCCAAGCAGCGUGGAAAGGUCACCGCGGCUUACAACACCUGUUGCAACUGGAGCUGGAGGUUACCCAGCGUCCUCCAAGUAGCCCCAAGUCUGGUCCAAUUAUCGUUUAUCUGGCUUUUGCCUGAAAGUCCCCGUUUUCUCAUGGCCAUGGACCGGCCCGAUGAGGCCUUGGAUGUCAUAGCUAACUACCAUGGCAACGGUGACCGUAACAGUGAAUGGGUUCGAUUCCAAGUCGAGGAGAUUCAAACUUCGAUGGAAAUGGAGCAAAGCGGUAACCAGACCACUUGGGUUGACCUCAUCAGGACCCGUAACUCUAUUCUUGACCUCCUUGGUUAUACGGACCCUCGCUUCCAGAAUAAGAUCAACGGAAUCUACGCAACUACCAACUGGGUAGAAGCACUGUUCGCCGCAUUCAUGGUGGAUCGAAUUGGAAGGCGGCCGCUCUUCCUCACCUCUAACAUUUCAAUGGUUUUCACUUUUGCACUCUGGAUAGCAUUCACGGCCCUUAAUAUCACGAGAAAUAGCAGCGAAUUCGGUAUCGGCGCCAUUGUGAUGCUAUUUCUCCAUACAUUGGUUUACAACCUGGUCUGGGUUUCGUUGAACGUCGCGUAUCCGGUCGAGAUUCUCCCGUAUCAUCUUCGCGCGAAAGGCCUCACAGUCUUGAAUCUAAGCAUAUCCUUGGCCUCCUUUUUCGGCCAGUAUGUCAAUCCAGUUGGUAUUCAGAAUCUAGCGUGGAAGUACUAUAUUGUGUACGAAGUCUGGCUCGUGCUUGAGGUGAUUGUGGUAUACUUCUACUUCACCGAAACGCGUGGCGCCACCCUCGAAGAAAUGAGCCAGCUUUUCGAUGGUAAAGACGCUGCAGAGGCAUUGAAACUUGCCGCAGCCGAAAGAAGCGAGAAGGUCAUGGCAACCGAAACUGAGAUUGCACAGGGGGAUACUAAGAACCCAACUACGGCGUAG